AUGGUGCACCUGAGGGGGAGGCUGCUGACCUGCUUCUAUUGCGGGAAGCGGUCAUCCACCAGAUACGAUGGCCACAUACGCGACUUUCUCUGCACAUAUUGCGAGGCGAGAAACUAUCUGGACGAGUAUGGCGAUGUCACCGACCCUCCAGCCCUCGAAUCUUCCACACCAAAGCGAUUCGUCAAACAAUUACCAUCCCAACCACUCUCACCCACGAACAGCGUUUUCUGCGAAAAGUGUCUAAAGAACCAACGCCUAUUUACCAGAUCAUUGGCGCAGUAUUUCCCCGACGACCCCUCUCACCCAGAAUAUGCCGAACUGGAUCGCAAAUACUAUCGCUACCGUAGAGACCUGGAGAAGCGCUAUCCUCAAGAAUGCGCAGACUGCAAGAAGAAAGUUGACCAACGCCUAGAGCAGGCGGGCUACACUGCAAAAACCGACCAUCUGAGACGGAUGUUGGAAAAGAGUAGAGGCAGAAGAGUUCCUAAGAGGAUGACUUCCCUUGAUGCGGCAAACACUAUAGGGCGAUGGCUGUGGUGGGGAGGCUUUAUCAUUCAGAUUGUCUGGCACUUGGUGAGCGCCUCAACCGUGCUAGACAAGCGUGAAGAGAACGGCAUGGUUGAUCCGGACGACCAGGGCACGACAAAGCAGAUGAUUGUUGCAUGGUUAAACUGGUUACGGGCUUUCCUGCCCGCUGCUGAGACGCUAAUUGGAUGGAGCAUCAGAGUUGGGUUUCUCUCUGCUUGGUGGAAUCCGUAUAUUGUGCAGCUUAUUCGUGGGUUUACACGGCACCUCUUUGGAUUCGCGCAGUGGUAUUGCUUUCAAGGCCUCAUCAUCUUCUUCCGACACAUUUUCCGCUCUGUUCUCCAUAUGCAAGGAGGCCAGGCCCAGUCCACUGGGGCGCAGCUGAGCGCGCAUUUUGCAAUGGCUUCCAUUAUGGGACUGAUCUACUAUCUUGCUAGGGGGUCUAUCAAGGUCGAUACCACACCGCUAUUUAAGAUAACCAAGAGGACGGCGUCUGCAAACCAGAAGCCUUCACCGGCGCCGAGAAGGAAAAUAAGAGAACCAAAGACUCUUGCCGAGGCUCUGACUGAUGCCCUCGAAUCGGCAAACCCGUCGCCAGUCAAAACCCCAACGCCUAUCAAAUAUCCCACUCCUCAGCGACCAAUAAACCCAUUGCCGCCUUCCCGACUCAGCAAACAGCCAUUCCAACCAAAUCAUGAUGAACUUUCUUUUGCCGGCUUCAGCAUAUCAGACAAGUCUCCUCAAAAGGGCUUUCGCGCACAGGAUGCUGAUGCGAUGGAUUGGUCCCCUCUACCGAAGCAUGCUCAAAAAUCGCAAUACCGGGCAUUUCAAGACUCCCCCGUGUCCAAACUAGGCGCGCGUCCAUUCGGCCAAUCCCCUACUCAGCCUGAUGCCGGACCAUUCUGGUACAAGGUACCGCCCGCACCGGUGAACCCAGCACAGCGAUUUCGUAACCCGCCCGGUGCUCCCCUGUUUAAGAGAGCGUUUUCAGUCGAGCCAAGGAAAGAAGAGGGCAGAUUUAGCUUCGGAAUGGGUCAUAUGGACGACAGGCGAGAAGAAAUACCGAGAGCCAGCAGUGUGGACUUUAAGAGCCCUAGCUUCUUCGCACCAGAGGGCCCUGACGAUACGGAUGCCCUGGCAGAUGCCCUUGGACAGAGCUUCAGUUUUGCCAGCGUCAUCGACGACGAAUCCGACUCUGAGAAAACCGUUGUGAACGAAGAUAUUCAGGUUGAAAUUCCCAUCCUCUCUAGUUCGCAAACCUCACACAAAUACGACCUCUACUUUUUGAUGGCCAUCCUUCCUUCUUGGUUCAUUCCCCAAUUCAUUAACACUCCUUAUGCUAGAGAAGCACGACUUGCUAUCCUAGCUAUUGCUGGCAUCAUCGCUAUCCGCAGCGUUGGAGGUGCCACACACCAGAUCUUGCGUGGUGGCGCUGACUUGUCCAGACUGGCCAUGUGCAUCGCUUCCAUGACAAGUGUGCUUGAGCUAAGUGCCAUUUGUUGGACAGGAUGGCAGCUAUGGACGAACGAGAGUGACGUUUUUCAACAUGGCGCUUCAGUGUUAGCCUUCAUGCUGGGACACCAAGAGUUGAGGGGGUUUUCUUUGAGACGGAGUUCGUGA